GGCGGUUUGCAUUUGCGCGUUGCGGACGUCUCUCCAUCUUCAUUUCCCACUCGCCUCGCAGUGGGCCAAGUUAGUAAAAAUAGUUUGCGUGUUUUAUCCGACUCGCAGCAAGUGUUGUUCGGUUAAAAACUAAUACAAAUUGUGUGGAAGCUUCAAGAUGCUGCAGCAUUGUCUACUUGCAACGCUGCUAAUCGCCGUUGGCGUUCAUGCCCAAAACAAGGAGAAGGAAGAGUUCGUCUGCCCUUCUAACAUUGCCAAUGGCAACUAUGCUGAUCCAGCGACCUGUCGCCGUUUCUAUCAGUGCGUGGAUGGCUACCCCUAUUUGAAUCGUUGCCCCUCUGGACUAUACUUUGACGACUUGCAAAAGUUCUGCACAUUUAAGGAUGAAGCCAAAUGCGGACCAUUGCCAACAACACCUGCCCCGGCAACAGAUGCGCCCGCUGACACCGCCCAGCGUUGCAACACGGAGGAUUGUCAGCUGCCCUACUGCUUCUGCUCCAAGGAUGGCACCCAAAUACCUGGCGAACUGGAGGCUGAAAAGGUUCCUCAAAUUAUAAUGAUAACAUUCGAUGGCGCUGUCAAUUUAAACAACUAUGAUCAUUAUCAGAAGAUCUUCAAUGGCAAACGCAAGAAUCCAAAUGGCUGCAACAUUCGUGGCACGUUCUUCUUAUCCCACGAAUACAGCAACUAUCAACAGAUCCAACAUCUGGGCUAUGCCGGACACGAGAUUGCAACCGAGAGCAUUUCACAGCAGCUGGGACUGCAGGACAAGGGAUAUGAGGAGUGGGUUGGAGAAAUGAUUGGCAUGCGUGCAAUUCUGCAUCACUUUGCGAAUGUGUCCGUGGAAGAUGUGGUUGGCAUGCGUGCUCCAUUCCUGAAGCCAGGACGCAAUACCCAAUACAAGGUUCUGGAAGACUUUCGCUACAUCUAUGAUAGUUCCAUAACUGUGCCGCCGGUACCAGUCCCUGUCUGGCCUUAUACACUGGACUACAAGAUUUCGCACGAAUGCAAGAGCGGCACCUGCCCAUCGCGAACAUUCCCAGGUGUUUGGGAGGUUCCCCUGAAUACGCAUUAUGUGGAGGGCUUUGAGGGCGGUCACUGUCCCUAUAUGGAUCAAUGUGUUCUCCACAAUUUGGAUGAGGACGAGGUCUUUGAAUGGCUGCAGGAGGAUUUCUCACGUUACUACGAACAGAACAAGGCGCCCUACAUGAUGCCCUUCCAUACCAACUGGUUCCAGACCAAGCCCCUCGAGAAUGGUCUACACAAGUUCCUGGAUUGGGCUCUGGAAUUACCCGACGUCUACAUUCUAACCGUCACCCAGAUGUUGCAGUACAUGACCGAUCCUAAGGAGCUGCGUGAUGUUAACCAGAUCGAUUCGUGGAAAUGUGACAAGAAUAUCGCUGUUGCAUCGAAGCCCUGCAACAUUUGGCAGACAUGUGCUUUGCCCUUCAAGAUACCCGAACAGAAUGUGACCGACACUCGGUAUAUGGAGACGUGCCGCGAGUGCCCCAAUGUAUAUCCAUGGCUGGGCGAUGCCGGCGGUACGGGCAUUUCGGGACGCGACAGCUAUAUCUACUCCGGUCCCGAUGCCAACCCGACCGAAGGAGCAGGAGAAGCCCAAUAGAAAUGUUAAACAUCUCUCUCGCUUCCCCUCUGUAUUUCUCCCCGAAGGAAUGUUAUCUACUGUCUCUUUUUCGCUGUAACCUUCACACUUUUCCACUUUGUUUGUGUUUCUCGUUUCCCGUUUUUGCUUUCUCUCACUUUUUUUUUUGCUCGACUCCCAUUAAUUUCCUGCACAUGUACACGUCAUGAUGAUGCAAUAAUGAGGUAUUCUUUGUUUUUUUUUUUUUUUAAUUUCUUUUAUUUUUCCAAAAACUUUUGUAGUUUGUAAGUGAAAUUGUGUCAAACUGUUCUUAGUUUUAAUAUAUAUAUUCUUUAUAUGAAUAAAUCAACAAAUUUUUUUAA